AUGUCCAAUCAGAUGCAGGUGCAGUUCAUUCAGAAGGAGGUCUUCCGGGCCUUUCAGCAGGCGGCCCGGCAUCUGCUGGCCAACUUCACCGGAAGUAGCAAAAGCAGCAGCAGCAACAGCAACUUCAGCCUCGUCGACCUGCCCGUCGUCCUCGACACGCCCAUCUACGGCCAGCUGGACGCCCCCUUCACCCACUACAUGGCGCCCGGCGUCAUGCUCGGCCUCGCCUUCUUCUCCUCCAUCUCCCUCACUACCAUGAACCUCAUCGUCGAGCGGAAGCUGGGGCUGAUUGAGCGGACGCACGUCGCCGGCGUGUCCCACUUUAGCAUCCUCCUCGCGCAGGUACUGACCACCUCGGUGAUCCUCGUGGCGCAGGUGGCCAGCCUGCUGGUGGCGAUCUUCGCCGUCUUCAAGGUGCCCUCGGUGGGCUCCUUUGCGCUGAUCGUCAUCCUCAAUCUGCUGCAGGCCUUCUGCGGCAUGACCUUCGGCCUGCUGAUCUCCGUGGUGGCGGACAGCGAGAAUACGGCCACCAUGCUCGCCCUGGGCACCUUCUACCCGGUGAUGCUGCUGGCCGGUUCAAUGUGGCCCAUCAAUGCGAUGCACCCGGUGCUGCAGUACGUCAGCUACGGGCUGAUGGAGGCGGUGCCCAUUAUCAGCCUGCGGGCGAUCAUGGUCCGGGGCUGGGGCCUGGAGCACUGGCAGGUGGUCAGCGGCUUUCUGGUCACCGUCGCCUGGAUUGCCGCCUUUCUCGUCGCCUCUACGCUGGUGCUCCGCUUUAAGAAGUAA